AAGACAAAUACAUCGUGAUUUCAGAAAACCUCUCAUAGUGUUUGUGUCAAAAAGUCUUCUUCGACAUCCAAUGGCGCGUUCAACACUAGCAGAAAUGACCGGUGAAACCCGUUUCAGCAGAUAUAUACCUGAUCCACAUCCUGAGAUGCUUGCAUCACCUGAAAAGAUAACAAGACAUGUUUUUUGUUCAGGACAAGUAUAUUAUACAUUGCUUAAAGCACGUGAUCAAAACAAAAUGGAUUAUGUUGCAAUAUCAAGACUUGAGCAAUUAUCCCCAUUCCCAUAUGAUUUAUUGUCACAACAUGUUGACAAGUAUCCAAAUGCUCAACUUGUUUGGGCUCAAGAAGAACCAUUAAAUACAGGUGCUUGGAGUUAUGUUGCGCCUAGAAUAAGAACUCUUAUGAAUCAUUCUGACCAAGAAGGUAAAGCUGCUGUUCCAGCAACAAGACCACCUUCAGCUUCACCAGCUACAGGUAAUAAAAAGCAACAUAUUCAAGAAGAACAUGACCUAAUUUCUCAAGCACUUAUUGGCCAAGUUAUCAAACCAAAAGAAAUUGUAGGCGGAGUACCAAUAUGGUCAUAA